GUACGAGCCGGUGCAAUACACCCCUCCCUCCAUCGCUGUUGAUCCGCUGUUGAUCCGCUGUUGCUUAUUGCUUGAUGCCACCAUUCAUCUUCACCCUCCCAACGACCGGCGCCCUCUCCUGGUCAACCCUCCUCCACUUCACUCCACCCUCAACCUCCCCUCACCUCACAACAACAACAACCCACCGCGCCCGCCUCCGUGACGUGCUCAAACGUCUCAAACGCGCUUCCCCCGCCGACAUCGACUCAGAUCUCUUCUCGGUAGUCAAUGUCAUCGAGGAGUAUUUGCCGUAUCUGUUUUGGCUUGCGCGGGGGUUGAAGGAGGGGUGGAUCAGUACGAGGGAGGGGGGAGGUGGGGCGGAUGAGGUUAAGUUGGAUUGGAGGUGUACGUUGCUCGACACGAAGGUUCCGGGCAAGAGUCAGCCGCGGAUCGAAAACCUCCCUGGGAUCGAUUAUGAGAUCUUAUUCGUGUUUCUGACAUACGCCUACGCGCUCUCGAAUUACGCCUCAUCACUCCUUGGUCGGCCAUCAUCACCAUCAGCUUCAUCACCAGCAUCGGCGGCGGAUAGGAGAUGGAAUCAAGCGGCGGAGAAUUACGCACGCGCAGCCGGGGUCUUCACAUACCUCAGCAAUACCACCCUCCCCUCCCUCCUCCCCUUCUCCACGAGCCUCCCCGAGACAUCCCCGCAUACCCUAACCGUCCUUCACCUCACCACCCUCGCCUCCGCACAGCACUGCGCCCUCCUCCGCGCCGUAUCAACAGGAAAGACGAAUCCAGGCGUCUUGGCCCGGUUAGCAGCGAGUUCAUACGAACACCUCUCAGCAGCCUCAGGCGCACUAUCCUCGACCCCCUCCCACCUCGACACAGACUUAAAGAAACACAUCCUCACAGCACAGAAACAGGCAAAAGCCCGCGUCUUACUCUAUAUGGGGCACGAAGCAGAGAAACGGGGAGAAAUGGGAGAAGCUGUUGCCGCCUCUCACGCUGCUGUCGCUCUCUCCGCCGGUGAUGCGCCAUUACAGAAGGAAUGUGAGGAAGCGUGGAGAGCGUGGAAGAAGAUUAAUGAUGGGGUUACGUUUUUGGCCGUGCCGGGUGUGGGGGAGAUCGUGGGGCGGAUGCCGAGUGGACGGGAAAUUGUUAGCGUUAAGGAGUUUGUGGAGCCGGCGUUGAAGGAAGAGGAUGGUGAGGCUGAUGUUGAUGGUGCAAAAGGGGAGGAAUAUGCGGGGAAGGGACAGUAUUACUAGAAUCUUGUUGCCGUGGGAAGCAUUCCGGACAAUCUGGAUAUGACACCGGAGGGAUGUAGUUUUGAAAUCAUCCACUGUGUUACAUCUGCUGAGAUAACCUUAGGCCUGUUUCUGCAUUUGCUCAACUCUUAGUUCUUGCGUCAUCAUCAGAAAUUGUCAUCCAGUCGAC